AUGGGUACUAAAUCAUCAAAACCGAAUUUAAGAACAAUUGAACCAUUAAGUAGACAAACAAUCGAAGAACUUUGUCGAACUACUGGAUUUGCAGAAGAAGAAUUACUUGCUUGGCAUGAAAAUUUUUAUAAAGAUUGUCCAGAUGGUAGAUUAACAUUGAAACAAUUCGAGCAAGAAUACGCAAAAAUAAUGGGAAAACCAACACAAAAAACAGCUGAUUAUAUUAGACAUAUGUUUAAUGUUUAUGAUGAAGAUAAAAGUCAAUAUAUUGAUUUCAAAGAAUUUGUAAUGGCUUUAUCAGCUGCAUCAGCCGUUAAUCGUCUUCGUCUGAUUGAAACACUUUUUCAUGUAUUCGAUUUAGAUAAUGAUGGAAAAAUAACAAAAGAAGAAAUUGGUAAAAUGUUACAUACACUUAUUGAUGUAACAGAUUCAAAUAAUAAACAUAACAAUCCAGGUCAACAAGAACGAACAAAACAAAUUAGUUUACAACAACGUAUUGAUGAUGCAUUUAAUGAAUUAAAUGCAAAUGAUGAUGAUUAUAUAACCAAAGAUGAAUUUAUUGAUUGGUAUAUGAAAUCAGGUCUUAUAUCCGAUGUACAAACAGAAGAACUUAAUGCACCUGAUCCGGCACGUAUUCAAAAGAUAGGUAAAAAAUCUCGAAAAAUCAUUAAACAAGCAGCACAUGGUAAAUCACAUCAUGAACAAGACGACAAUCGUGCUCAUCAUUCACAUAUUGUUCGUCAUAUGUCAAGAAUGACAGAACGAAAAUCAUCGUCAAAAUAUGAUGAUGAUGAUUAUGAUGAUAAUCAUAAUAAUUAUAAUAAUUAUAAUAAUAAUCUAACAACCGUAUCAUCAAUGAAUUAUAAUGAUGAUGAUAUUGAUAAUGAUCGAACAUUAAAUAAUCCAACUAGACCUGUAACAGGAAGUAUUGAUGAUUCAGAUUUACAAUAUUCAAAAGAAAAUGAACGAUGGCAACAUUUAUUUAAUUCUGUACUCGGACAAAUACGCUCACAACGUCUUAAAGAUCAACCAAUAAAUAAAAAUGAAACUAAUAAUAUAAAAUCAUGGAAGCGUGAAGGUGAAGAAAAAACUAAAUCAGAAUAUAUGAGACAAAAAGUAAAUGGUCGAGAAGGUUCUUCAUAUAUAUCAACAACAAAUAUUGUAUUACAACCACCAAAAAAAACAUCAGAUGAACGAUCACCAUCUCCUGAUAUUAUUACUAUUCGAUUGUAA